UUUGAUACAAACAUUUUCCACUGAUUUAAACCGUUAAUUUUAUCAUAUAUAUUGAAGUGUGUGAAUCAGUUGUGCAUUACACUAAUUUUAAUAGGAGGCAGUGAGCAUGUGAUCGUGUUUCCUGAGUAGGAUGUACUGUCACUUUCUGUUGGCCAAUCAAACACAGUCUUGUGAGUGAAAAAUGUAGAAGGGAUGAAGAUUGUUCUCAUUCAACACAAUCAUUUCAACACGAUGACAUCUGCAAAGUUUAUCUUCUACCUGACAUGUUUGUUCUUGGGGAAAAUGGUUCAGACGACCGACCUGGAUUCCUCCUCAUCUGUUCAUCAAGGGAAUAGUUUUCUAUCAGUUCAAACUGGGGGGAACUUGACAUUGAAAUGUAUUCGUGAAGCCGGUACAGCAGCCAAGCUUUACUGGUUUAAACACACUCUGGGACAGAAACCGAGGCUCAUCUCAUCCUCCUACAGGUUCACAAACCUUACAUUUGAUGCUGAAUUCAAGAAUCCACGUUUCACAGUGGAUACUGAAAAUGAUCAGAAUCACUUGAGGAUAAUAGAUUUGCAAAUUAAUGACUCAGCUACUUACUACUGUGUGAGCAGUAAUACACACAAAAUCAUUUUUUUAGCUACAACUACUGUCAGUGUACAGGGUUCUAGUUCAAACAUCCCAACAUUAAUCAAUCAGUCACCAUCAGAGACCAUCCAGCCAGGAGGCUCUGUGACUCUGAACUGUACAGUACAAACUGGGACCUGUGAUGGACAACACAGUGUUUACUGGUUCAAAGACUCUGAAGAAUCUCAUCCAGGACUCAUUUACACUGAUGGAGGCAGCACUGAUCAGUGUGAGAGGAAAGCCAACACACAAACACAUACCUGUGACUACAACCUGCCGAUGGAGAGCCUGAAUCCGUCUCAUGCUGGAACCUACUACUGUGCUGUUGCCUCGUGUGGACACAUUCUGUUUGGAGACGGGACCAAGCUGGACAUUAAACAUGAGAAGGACUCUCGUAUCUAUUUCUUGAGUGGAGCUCUAACUUUUACCAUCAUCCUUAAUGUCCUUCUGGUUUUCUUACUUUGCAUGAUGAACAAGAGAAACCGCUGUGAAGUUACAGAGUCUCAUGCAAGAUGUUCAGCUCCCUUCACACCAAAUGCAGAGGGUGAACAAAACGAAUCAAACAUCCACUAUGCGGCGGUAAAAGAACAAAAGAUCAGCAGAUCUAGAAGACAAAGGAACAACCUUGAGUUUGAAUGCACAUACUCAACUAUAAAGCUGUAGGAAUGUACGUGCUUCAAAGGGGUACCAAGCAGACGCUGAGGUCAUUUAUCACUUUGUCUUUCUUGUGACUACGUGUUGAAGCAGCAACUGUUGCUCCUUUCUGAGAAGAUGUGUUGAUUCGACAUGUAACUUUAGGGCUUUGCUAUGGAAUCGGCGCAGACUGAUUUAACUGUAUUUAACAGAAAAAAAGUUGAAUCUCCAUCAAAUCCAGACUGUUUUAUGAAGGAAAGGAAAAAAACUGGACUAGAAUCAGAUAUAAGACCCUCCACAGAACGAUGAGUCAACAUGCCUUUGGCUUUAAGAUACACUGAGUCAUUAAGUUAAUUCAUUGGAUCUCUAUUUGAAGGGCUUUUGUUUGUCAGCUUGCUGCUGUGAGUUGUUUGCAAAAAUUAAAUCAUGAUGGUAGUUGAGUAGACGAUGUGUUCAAAAACCACACACAUACACAAACACUCCAGAUCAGCUGAUGUUUUAUUGUGAUGUCAAAAUCCUUUUGGACUCAGUGUUAUGAGUGAAUAUGAAAUACUAACAAUUAUUUCAACUGUGAAAUAAUAACUUCAUUGUUUUUCAUGUAUUGAUAAUAAAUGUAAAUGAUGAAUAGUCAGAUAUUCUGCUUUUGAGCCCACUAUUUAUGUUUUUUUAUACACAAAACCCUCUGUCUGUCACAAGAUCCCCCUGAUGGCAUUAGAACGAAUGCAAGUUCAAAGUUCUUCCGCAUUGGCUCCACUUUUGAGAAACAAAGUUUGCUGCUUCGGUGCACCACUCAGAAAUGCUUCAAAAACACAACACGCGUUCUCCACUGCUCGUGUGCCUGGUUCAUCUGUUUUGCUGAACAAAAUGUCACAAGCUUUUUCUGAACAUUGAAGACUGAUCAAAUGCAGAUCUCCUACCUUCUGGUACAGAGACUAGUUCAAAACGCAUCCAGGAACUCUGUGUACAUGUAUACAUCUAUGAAUAUGAACAAGUCAACUUAGCACUUCCUCAUGUGUACUAUGCAAGGUCAGUCAAUGGACAAUAUAAUAUGUUUUAUUUUAAAUUGUUGGCUUUUAUUCCUGUGUCCAAAUAAGACAUUACUUUAUUUGUGUAUUAU